UAUCCCACAUACCGGUACCAAACUUCCAGCCCUACUCCACGGUCCUCCCAAACCUAGUCAUUGGACUUCCCUAACCUAACUGCUGGAAACUGCCACGUCACCAGAAAGGCUUUAAUCGGACGGGGCGUAUUGAGCGAAACAGAUGUACAUCCGGCCGCAGGGGAUAAAGGCCAAGCCGAAAUAUUAUUAUUUUUUCUGGGAGUCGCAUAAAAGUUCGUUUUCCCGGUAAAAAACGUCCAUAGAAAAUCUCGCCUAAUUGAAGGCAAACAAGGUUAGGCACUGCACUCAUUCAGCUCCCUUCCUCCUUCACUCGCCCAGCAAUAAGUAGCACAGAGAGCGGCAGAGAGACGGUCUCCCCUUCCUCUAUAAACUUAAACCCCCAGAUUCCCCAUUCAGUCUUCCCUUCUUUCCGCCAUUUCUUACGCUUACUCUUUAAUGACAGAGGAGGAGAAGGGAUGGAUGAUGGUUAACGUAAUCUAGCCGAUACCCGUUUCCCCAUGUCAAGUCAAAUUCCGCUGGCCGAGUUGCCCAUCAUCGUCCCCUCUGCUCUUUCUUAGCACCCCCACCUUCUUGUUAUUAGUUAUUCCUUCCGUUCAUUCUGCGAGUUCUUGGGGAAAUCACAGAGAGAGAGAAAGAGAGAGAGAGAGAGAAGAUGAAGAAUGAACAGCAGGCUCGGUCUCUGUUCGGGAUUUCUCUCACCGACCUACCCAGAUGGAAGCAGUUUCUGAUUUGCUCUUCUGGGUUUUUCUUCGGCUACCUUGUCAAUGGCAUCUGUGAGGAAUAUGUGUACAACAGGCUCCAGUUUAGCUACGGAUGGUACUUCACAUUUAUCCAGAGCUCCGUGUAUGUUGUCAUGAUAUACAUCCAAGGCUUCACGCCCAAACAAAUGGUGAACCCAUGGAAGACUUAUGUGAAGCUCUCUGCUGUCCUCAUGAGCUCCCAUGGACUCACCAAGGGAUCUCUCGCUUUCCUCAACUACCCUGCACAGAUCAUGUUCAAGUCCACCAAGGUCCUGCCAGUGAUGGUGAUGGGUGCAUUCAUACCGGGUCUGAGGAGGAAAUACCCAGCCCAUGAGUACAUAUCUGCACUGCUUUUGGUGGUGGGGCUGAUCCUCUUCACCUUGGCGGACGCCAGAACGUCUCCAAACUUCAGCGCGGUUGGCGUCGUGAUGAUCUCUGGCGCCUUGGUCAUGGAUUCCUUUCUUGGGAACUUGCAGGAAGCCAUCUUCACCAUGAAUCCUGAAACCACCCAGAUGGAGAUGUUGUUCUGCUCGAGCAUAGUGGGCUUGCCUUUCUUGAUCCCUCCCAUGCUUUUGACAGGAGAACUCUUCAGAGCAUGGACCUCGUGUUCGCAGCACCCAUACGUGUACGGAGUGUUGGUGUUUGAAGCCAUGGCAACAUUUAUUGGGCAAGUCUCAGUGCUAUCCCUCAUUGCCCUUUUCGGUGCUGCCACCACAGCCAUGGUAACAACGGCAAGGAAAGCGGUGACUUUACUGCUGUCCUACUUGAUAUUCACCAAGCCAUUAACAGAGCAACAUGGGACUGGGCUCCUCUUAAUUGCCAUGGGGAUUACUAUUAAGCUGCUGCCUGAUCAGGGUCCUAAUCCGAAUUACAAGAGGAUUCCUUCUUCUUCUUCUUCUUCUCGGACUUCAACUGGUGGAGAAACCAGAAUUGAGAUGCAGGAAGACAAAGAUGGCGGUGUAGAGACGAGGCCUUUGGUUUAAGACUCGAGAUGGGGAAGAAAAAAAAGGAAAUUGUCUAUUUAAUAAGCGCUUUCUGAUUAUAGGGGAAAUUUCAACUGAAUACUACUUAGUUGGGUAUAAGGUUUUUUCUUUUUUAAUUUCAUUGGCAAAUGUAUCAAAUCGCUAAUUCCACCCUCUUAGCUUACUCCCUUAAUCGAUCAUUCCUUGCAAAUUGGAUUUAGCAUGAGAGGGAUCUGUAAUAUUACUUUAGUAGUUAUUUCAUCUUUAAUAUUAUCUAUUAUGAAAUUCAUGAGUUAUAGAAAGAAUAUGAAUGUUACAUUUGUUUGGAGACCUCAAGCUUUUUGGUAAGGUCGAUGUAUUACAAUUUCCCCAUUAAAUACAAAUUUGAAACCCCAAAAAAAUAAUAUGAAACUGGCCAGUUUCUAUGGGGUUACUUCAUCCAACCAAAAUAAAGAAAAAGUUAAACGGAAGAAAAGAAGAAAUAAAUGGAACAACCUCUCACACACAUUCCGUAGAAAACUAGAAAUAAGUCAAUAACCAUUUGAUUUCCAUGUGUUAAAAGCGGCGAACACACAGAAAAUGACAGCCGCGGAAAAUAACAUGGACGCCGAAGUAGAAACACCAACAACAUCGUCGAUAAAUGAGGAAAAGGAGGGAUCAGAGGUCGUAACCAUAGCCUCCGCUCGUCGGCGGUGGAAGCUGCAAUGGCAGAAGUUGUGCACUAAUACUCCUCCUCCCCUUAAAUUGGUUUUGUUCCAGUCAACUAUUAGGGUAAGCAGGUAUUUUCUAUUGAAACGAUAUCGGUUCACCUCAUUUUUUAAAGGUUUAAAGAUGAUAAAUAGUUUAUUGAGAUUCUUAGGAUAACUCUCGAGUUAUUAUCGUAUUUUUUUUACCAUUUUUAUUUUUAGUUGAUUAUUAUUUGGACAAUUAUCGGUUUAAUCGACCGUCAAUUAUCAAUUAAAUCAAUAAUCAUUACAAACGUGAUAGGUAGGUUGGCAGAUGUGAACUUUGGGUUGUUGGUUGACAAGGGUGCAAGUGACUGGUCUAACCAACGGUCUGUGGGCUAUCCACUACUAAUCGGCUAAACUUGAGGUUAACCAAAAGCCAAAAUGACAACGAAGCAACACAAUAAUCUCAUCCUUGUAGGAGAAGUUGUCAUAUUUUAGUCAGGAAAGGGAACAAGGGUGACCAAACAAGGGUGGGAAGGAGAAGGAAUUUUGUGGUUUUAUGUGCCUAUAAUUAUGUACUUGCUCAUUAGCUUAAUGUCAUUGAAGGUAGGAACUCAAAAUAUUAGCUUGUUGUCUUUCUUUUAUUAUAGUUUAUCGUAGUUUCGUUCAAUUAUACCGUAUGAGAGUUCGAGACGCCAUUCCGUCAAUUUUGUGUCUCGUAACAUGCAUUUUCCCAUUUUUCUAGAUUACUCUCAUCUUUGAUCUUUUAUCAAUCUCUUGUUAUUUCCAUAUAAAAAUGCAAAUAGUCUUGUUAGUUCGUUUCUUAGCUUCCAAUUCAUUGAAUUAAAAGUUAUAGAGAACAAGAAAUUGAGAUACCACAAUCUCCUCCAUUAUCACUAUCCCAACUCUAACUCUAGACAAACUCAAGAGUUUUGCCUAAUCUCUAAGCACCCAAUAAACAUCUGUGAUGAAACCAUUCAAUAGAGGAUUUGGCUGAAUCCAUUUAGUAUUAAUUUUGAUUAGUUCUUACAAGACCUUUUCCACCUCAACUUUCCAUCAGUACUAUUUUCAAACAAGAAAUUCAACCAUGUGUACACCGCAUAGAAAAUCCUAGGAAGGGGUGUAUGAAUCACUAUUUAAAAAUUUAAUUAUUAGUUAACAGAGAAUUACUUAUAUAUGAAAAUAUAGAUACCUUAUAAAUUUUUUGACAGUAU